UUCUUUAACUACUCCUCCUGAUGUUUUGGCCUGUUCCAUGUCUAUGUAUCAUUCCUGUUUCAGCCGACCUGGGCUGCGUCUUUUGUUUUGGAGCUGAAGUUUGAAGUCCGAUCCCUUCCAGAUAAAGUAGUUGCUAUCUUAGAACUUGUAAGUAUCUAGGAGUAGCAUUAUGGCUGAGGAGAAUGACUUGAAUGGAAAAAACUAUAUGCAUGAAGCCACAACAUCAAGCAGGGGAGCACUUGAAACAGAGACUGUGAAAAGCUCUGGCCAGAAUGGGAAACAACAAGAUUCGGAGAAGAGCAAGGAAGAGGGGAAGCCCAGCACAGUUCCAUUUCACAAGCUGUUCUCUUUUGCAGAUUCUACUGAUAUGUUGUUGAUGAUUACCGGCACAAUCGGUGCUGCUGGGAAUGGAAUAUGUAUGCCUCUUAUGGCAAUACUUUUUGGGGACCUGAUUGAUGCUUUUGGACAAAACCAGAACAACAAAGAUGUGGUUGAUAUAGUAUCCAAGGUUUCUCUGAAAUUUGUCUACUUGGCUGUGGGGGCUGGUAUAGCAGCAUUCUUUCAGGUGGCUUGCUGGAUGGUCACAGGGGAGAGGCAGGCUGCAAGAAUUAGGAGUCUGUAUUUGAAAACUAUAUUGAGACAAGAUGUUGCUUUCUUUGAUAAGGAAACAAACACAGGAGAGGUUAUCGGAAGGAUGUCUGGGGACACUGUUCUAAUACAAGAUGCCAUGGGUGAGAAGGUAGGGAAAUUUAUACAGCUGGUAUCGACGUUCAUUGGAGGCUUUAUCAUAGCAUUCAUUAAAGGGUGGCUGCUUACCCUUGUCAUGCUAUCAUCAAUUCCUCUUCUUGUGAUAGCUGGUGGAGCUAUGUCUCUCUUCUUAUCCAAGAUGGCGACCCGCGGACAAAACGCUUAUGCAAAAGCAGCAACUGUAGUAGAACAGACAAUCGGCUCAAUUAGAACGGUUGCAUCAUUUACUGGGGAAAAGCAAGCUGUAACUAAAUACAAUCAGUUUCUGGUAAAUGCUUACAAAUCAGGUGUUUUCGAAGGUCUGGCUGCAGGAUUAGGCCUUGGAACAGUUAUGUUCAUCAUCUUUGCAAGUUAUGCAUUGGCAGUAUGGUUUGGUGCAAAGAUGAUACUGGAAAAAGGAUAUACUGGGGGUACAGUUCUGAAUGUCAUUAUUGCCGUAUUGACUGGUUCCAUGUCUCUAGGGCAGGCAUCUCCUUGCAUGAGUGCAUUUGCUGCUGGUCAGGCUGCAGCAUUCAAGAUGUUUGAGACGAUACACAGGAAGCCAGAGAUAGAUGUUUCUGACACCAAAGGGAAGAUAUUGGAGGACAUUCAAGGAGAGAUAGAGUUAAGGGAUGUAUACUUUAGCUAUCCAGCCAGACCAGAUGAGCAAAUCUUCAGUGGAUUCUCUCUUUCCAUCCCUAGUGGCACAACUGCAGCUUUGGUUGGACAGAGUGGAAGUGGGAAGUCAACAGUAAUUAGUCUGAUAGAGAGGUUUUAUGAUCCCCUUGCUGGUGAAGUUCUUAUAGAUGGUAUUAAUCUGAAGGAGUUUCAGCUUAGAUGGAUUAGGGGGAAAAUUGGUCUUGUCAGCCAGGAACCGGUCUUGUUCACAUCCAGCAUUAGGGAUAAUAUUGCAUAUGGAAAAGAGGGUGCAACUAUUGAAGAGAUAAGAGCUGCAGCUGAGCUAGCAAAUGCUUCUAAAUUCAUUGAUAAACUUCCUCAGGGGCUAGACACAAUGGUUGGUGAGCAUGGAACACAGCUCUCUGGAGGACAAAAGCAGAGAGUUGCCAUAGCAAGAGCAAUUCUGAAAGACCCGCGAAUUCUACUUUUAGAUGAAGCUACAAGUGCACUUGAUGCAGAAUCAGAAAGAGUAGUACAAGAAGCAUUGGACAGGAUUAUGGUCAACCGAACAACCAUUAUAGUUGCUCAUCGUUUGAGUACAGUGAGGAAUGCCGAUAUGAUCGGUGUCAUUCAUCGUGGAAAGAUGGUAGAAAAAGGCUCACACACUGAACUGCUCAAGGAUCCUGAAGGAGCAUACUCUCAGCUUAUACGUUUGCAAGAAGUGAAUAAAGAGUCUGAGAAUCAAGCUACAGAUUCCCAAGACAGACCAGAUGGCAGCAUUGAAUUCGGUAGACAGUCAAGUCAACGAAUGUCAUUCUUGCGAUCCGUAAGUCGUGGAUCAUCAGGACCAGGAAAUAGCAGUCGUCACUCAUUCUCCGUCUCCUUUGGCCUACCUACAGGACUUGGCCUCCCUGAUAAUGCUAUUGCAGAUGCUGAAGCCCCUCGCUCAUCAGAACAGCCUCCAGAAGUUCCAAUCCGCCGCCUUGCCUAUCUCAACAAGCCAGAGAUCCCUGUGCUGUUACUAGGAACCGUAGCUGCCAUCGUCAAUGGCACCAUUCUCCCAAUAUUUGGUAUACUCAUUUCCAGUGUUAUCAAAACAUUUUAUGAGCCCCCACACGAACUCAGGAAGGAUUCAAAAUUUUGGGCAUUAAUAUUUUUAGUCCUGGGUGUGGUAUCAUUCCUAGCAUUCCCAGCAAGGACAUACUUAUUCUCUGUGGCUGGCUGUAAGUUGAUACAGAGGGUCAGAUCAAUGUGCUUUGAGAAGGUGGUUCACAUGGAGGUGGGUUGGUUCGAUCAGCCUGAGCAUUCAAGUGGAGCAAUUGGUGCAAGGCUCUCUGCAGAUGCUGCAACCAUUCGAGCUCUAGUUGGAGACGCGCUUGCUCAGGUUGUUCAGAAUGCUGCAUCAGCAAUUGCAGGUUUGGCCAUUGCCUUUGCAGCAAGUUGGCAGUUAGCAUUUAUCAUCCUUGCUUUGAUACCUUUGAUAGGACUUAAUGGAUAUGUCCAGAUAAAGUUCCUUAAGGGAUUCAGUGCUGAUGCAAAGAUGAUGUAUGAGGAAGCAAGCCAAGUGGCUAAUGAUGCAGUUGGGAGUAUAAGAACAGUUGCUUCUUUCUGUGCUGAAGAGAAAGUGAUGGAUCUGUACAAAAAGAAAUGUGAAGGCCCUAUGAGAACAGGGAUAAGGCAAGGGCUGGUCAGUGGGAUAGGAUUUGGAGUUUCUUUCUUCCUGCUGUUCUGUGUCUAUGCACUCUGUUUCUAUGCAGGAGCCCGGCUUGUUGAAGCUGGAAAAACAACAUUUGGAGAUGUUUUUCGUGUUUUCUUUGCUCUGACCAUGGCUACCGUUGGAAUUUCUCAAUCAAGUUCCUUCAGUCCUGAUUCCAGCAAAGCCAAGUCUGCUGCAGCUUCCAUCUUUACAAUUGUAGACAGGAAGUCCACAAUCGACCCCAGCGACGAGUCUGGUACAAAAUUAGAGAAUGUGAAGGGCGAGAUUGAGCUUCGGCACAUAAGCUUUAAGUAUCCAACUAGACCAGAUAUUCAGAUUUUCAGAGACCUCAGCUUGACCAUCCGUAGUGGCAAGACAGUGGCCUUGGUAGGAGAAAGUGGGAGUGGAAAAUCAACAGUCAUCGCCUUGCUGCAAAGAUUUUAUGAUCCGGAUUCAGGUCGUAUCACACUGGAUGGUGUGGACAUUCAAAGCCUCCAGUUGAGGUGGUUGAGGCAGCAGAUGGGUCUAGUGAGCCAAGAACCGGUCUUGUUCAAUGACACCAUCCGUGCCAACAUUGCAUAUGGAAAGGAAGGCCAUACCACUGAAGCAGAAGUUAUAGCUGCAUCAGAGCUGGCAAAUGCCCACAAGUUCAUUAGCGGAUUACAACAGGGGUAUGACACCAUGGUGGGAGAGAGAGGAAUCCAACUAUCAGGUGGGCAAAAGCAGAGAGUAGCCAUUGCAAGAGCUAUGGUGAAGAGCCCAAAGAUACUGCUACUGGAUGAGGCGACCAGUGCACUAGAUGCUGAGUCUGAGCGGGUGGUACAAGAUGCAUUAGACCGAGUCAUGGUGAACAGGACCACAGUGGUGGUAGCCCAUCGGUUAUCCACAAUCAAGGGUGCUGAUGUUAUAGCCGUGGUGAAAAAUGGAGUCAUAGUUGAGAAGGGAAAGCAUGAAACUCUGAUAAACAUCAAAGAUGGGUUUUAUGCCUCCUUAAUAGCACUUCACAUGAGCGCUUCCUCUUAAUUCCCCCCGUCUUUACAAUUUUGGUUCAAAGCCUUGUUGUGUUGCCCUUGCCCAAUGUCCACGUUACUCCACCCAUGCAAAUAUCGAUUUCUAAUUUGUAUUAUCAAUAUAUCAAUAAUGUGUAAUUCUUCAUCUUGUGGGUGGAGGAACAUAGAAAGGUGAGCAAAAGAAAGCGUUACCUUUCUAACCUUUGAAGGAUUAUCAAAUUAUUGAAAUGUAUUUUUUCCUAAAUGUAUUGAAAAGAUAUCUUUUAAUUCGACAAGUAACACGAGUGUCAUGAGCUUUAA